CGCAAAAUAUCCAACAACCCAUCAUGACGAAAUUGUUGACGAAUGCUUCUGGACAAGUUAUUACCGUGGAAGGAUUAUUAGGGAAACAGUCUAAUAUCAUACAACAAGGUGGUCAAACGUUAAGAGUGACUCCCAAACAAGGUCAAAAUCAUUUAAUCCAAUUAGCCAGUGGCACGUCAAAUCAAGUCCAGCAGUUUGCCAUGGUGUCCCAAGGCAAUUUAAUUACAAUGAGCAACGCCAGAAUGGUCACAGCAUCCGUAGCGAAUACAUCAAGUCUUAAUUCCACCACGAGUAGUCCUAGGCUUGUAAAACCAGCCAUCACAACGACACCUCCUCGACAAAGUGGGCAGAAGCUGAUACAGCAACAAUUGAACCAGCAGCUGGUCAAUGCUAAGUUGUUGGGUAUCCAGAACGCUCAGGGUAAAAUCAUCACAUCUCCUGUCCAUAAACAAGGGAUCAUAAGACAAGGUGUUAAGGUGUCCGGUUCAGGGAACACUAUUAGGAUGGUUAAUACUGCUGGUUUGAACAUUGCGCACAUAGGUGGUAAACCGGUGAUCUUGGCCAGCAAAGGAAGUCAACUGCAAGGUCAAAAUGUGAUACUACAAACUGCAGCUCAAAGCGAAUCCAACAGCAACUUAGUUAUAAGCGGACAGACUCUAAAAGUCUGUCCUCCAAGCAACAUGAUCACCCAGGGCAACUUAAACAUCAUCAACACAAACCAGACGACCAACACGCAAACUGUCAUUCUAGGAGGACAGGUUAUAAAGGUGCAAAGUCCACAAACCCAACCGGGCACUGGUAACAUUAUUACCCAACCGGGCAGCGGUAAUAUCAUUACCCAACCGGGCAGUGGUAAUAUCAUUACCCAACCUCAAACAGUGAUGCUAAGUAGUGGACAGACAUUGAAAGUGCAAAAUCAACCUUCCCUGAAUCAGCAGCAGCAGGUUAUGUUAGGGCAGACGAUUAAGGUUCAGGGGUUGCAGAAUAAGACGCAGUCCGCGCUGCAGGGACAAAGGGUGGUUCUGACGAGUCAGGGGCAGAGUGGACAACUUUUGACGCAGCAGAUUUUGUUGCCGCCUGGUUUUCAAGGGGGAGCUAUCAAUAUUAAAACUUUGCAAGGAUUGAAGGUCAUACCGAUUGCACAGCAGGGGAAAGGGGCCCUUGGUGGUCGCCAGCAAGUGUUCGCCCGACUAAUAGCGCCUCCGACGCCUCCAAGACCGCCUCCUCCCGGAGGCGAUUAGAAUUCUCUCUACAAUUGUAAAUAAAAAGAAACUAACUAGGCUAAAUUGACUAAAAAUUACACCUAUACGUAAGAGAUAAUAAGAAAAACAAUAAUAAGUAAAAAAGGUUAGAGACAUUAUAAAUAUAUAUUUACCUAAUUUAUAAAUAAUGUAUAAAAUUGUGUAAAUAACAAAAACUUUAAACAAA